AUGAAAAAUGCUGAACAAGUGGAAGGGUUAGUGGACGAGAGGGAGCAGGCAGCAACCGAAGCACUGCUGAGAUGGCGACGACGAGUGUGCUACGGAAUGACCGAGAUUCUGCCGAAUUUGUACCUCGGUAGCAUGAGGGAUGCCAACGAUGCGGAUCAGCUCAACGAAAAACAGAUUCAGUAUAUUGUAUCCAUUCAUGGUUUGACUCGAUCUCCGACAACGCUCAGUAAUAGUAAUGCCAGUGUAUUGCAUAUACAUAUGGCUGAUUUGCCAGAAGCAAAUAUCAGCGAGCAUUUCCAGGAAGCCAUCACGUUUAUUCAUCAUGCCCGAUUGCAAAAUAGUGAGUUUUUAACGAUUUAUGUUAACGAUUUCUGUCAUUAUAUUGAUUGUCAGACGUUUUUCUUUGUUCUCGAAGGAGGGACCCAUUGGCGAAUCCAAGGCCCCUUCCCCCUCCUUCUUUCCCCAUUUCCCCAGCGGCGUAGGCACCAGUGCUAA